AACUACAGACGGCGGCAAACGCAAAUGAUAAGAUGGAAAAAGUAAGCAAGUAUGAGAUUUCCCCAUUGAUUGCUCUUCUCAACAUGAUAAAAGUCAACUACUUUGGAAAAACUGAAAUUUACAAAACACUGCUAGCAGUUCUUUGUGAUCAUGAUACAAGAAAUCCAGCUAUUAAGGAAAAGACAAAACACUACAUACAGUUGUUACUAGCUGACCAUCAGGAUUUGGCCAGAAGUCUAAUCUCCUUCCUCCCUGGAGAAGCAAAUGCUGACAGCAUCCCUCUAGGCUUAAGUCCUAUCACCAACACACCUGCUGGCAACCUUAAAAGACAUAAGAAGAGCAGACAUAAAAGUAAAAAGAAAACCAAACAAAAAUCAAAACAGUCUAGCAUAGUGAAUAGAGUGCUGUUAGAGACAUUGCCUCCUGAUUUGGCAACACCACCAAAGCAAAGUGCAAAGAUGGUGGUAGACUUCCCAGAUGGAACACCAAAGAAAGAAAACAAAUCCAUAACUCCUAAAAUAUCUGAAACACUUACUCCUAAAACAGAAUCAGAUUCUCCCCGACCUUCACUUCCUGAGGAAGUGUGCAACACAAAGAACAUUUCCUCCAGAUGCAAUUCUGACUCUGAAAUUAUCAGAAGCAAAAGUCCAGUCUUCUCCACAAGCAGCAGAAAGCCUGUAGUAUUUACCACAGCAGUUUAUAAUGAGAAUAAAAGUUAUCCUUUGCCUUUUUCUAUGUUUGACAGCUGUGGCUUUCCUUUGAAAAACUUACCAGGGGUAUGUGAAACUGGGCAAAAGUUUUCUCCACGUGUAAGUCACAGGCAGGCAUCAGUAAGUGUUGCAGAUACUGGAACACUUAUGACCAAGAAAAGUAUUUCUCAGCAAUGUAUGGCUGAAGCUAAAACAUCGGAAGUGCCAAGUUUAACAUCAGCCAUUCCCACCAAGCCUGGUAAUAGUUGUGGCCUACCAUUAGCAAUUCCACCAUACCAGAGUACUUCAAGAAUGAUGCCGUUAUAUAACCGAAGUAGAAACGCAUUUAAUGUAGGUGAUCAGGCAAAUUACUCAACAACAUCUCUUGAACAAAAUAUGAAUUCUGGACUUGAACAUCUGCCAUUUUGUAACACUAGUGAGUCAGCGGUCCAUGGAACUGAGCCUACAGUUCUUAUACCAGCGACUCUGCCCCAUAAAGCCAGUUUGAGCCAAAUGAGUGGCUUACCACACAACUUUAUCCACAGACCAGAGCCUCUGCUGAUUGGACACACUCCAAAAGUUUACAACCCAGUACAAUGGGCCACAAAGUUUGAACAGUUCUCUACCAUGACAGUUGGGCGAACAUUCCACAACAGUCCUGCUGGUCACCUCCAACCUCCUCCUGUUGCCAAGUUACCGUGUUCCACAGGUCUCGCUUCCCAUAAUCCUCCAGUUCCACAUCUGUACACGCUCCCAAAAACAUCAGCAUCAUUUGUUCCAAGUCAGGUCGAACAACAUUUAUCUCAGCUAUCCCUUACCAAGAGUCCACUGCAUUAUUCUAUGGCCCAGACGUCUCAUUCUGCCGGUAAAAAAAUCUACCUUGGAACUAAUUCUAAUCUCUCAGCCUUCCCAUAUACCAGGCAGAUGGUUCUUCCAGAUGGUCAAACCCAGAAUCUGUACUUAAAGCGAUCAUCUGUCAAUAUACCUGCAGACAGUAAUGGAAUGUCAGAUAUUGAGAAUUUACAGAAAGGCAUGGCGACUGGUGCAAGUUACAGUUAUCCAGAUGAACAGGGAAAUAUAAGUUUUCCAAACCAGAAUGUGAUAGAUAUGAAUACUGGGGUACCAAUGACUGUACCAGUCGAGAGUAGUAUGCUUCAACAGUUAGGAGAUACAAGACAAAGUCUCAAAGCUCCAGUGCCCUUCUUUAUUUCUGAUCAUCACUUGUCCAAGCUUCAACAUCCUGAUAACAUGGUGGAUUCCUUAGGAGGUCGUGGCGACGCAGAUAUCCUGGAAACCUUGCCAAAGCCAAAAAAAGUUAUAAUGUCAGCCAACUCAAGUGUAAGGAAAAAGCUGCGAUUAACACCUAAAAGUUCUAUACAUCAGGAGAAUGCAGCUUCCUACGAUACAUAAUGUUUCUUACAUUGCAAAGUUUCAUAUCUCCAGUUAUUGUCUAUUUUCACAAAAAUGUCCAUAUUACUAAUUUACUGUCUACUGUAAGCUACAUCAUUAGUAAUAACUAACAUGUUCCCAAUUAUGUCUGUUUUAAUUGCAUGUUAUUCAUACAGUCAUGUACCUAUCUAUAAUUGCAAGCUACAUACAUGUAGCAAGUAUUUUUGUGAAAUUAAUGUUACUAUAAUUUAACAUAAUAAUUAUGUAUUUACAAUAUAUGUUGGUUUUUAUUGCCUGUCAUUUAUACUUAUCAUCUGUCUACAUUUUCAUUUCUCAUAUUUAAGACUGUUAUAUGUAUUAAUAUAUAUGUUUAUGCAUUGUAUAUAUAUUUUUAAAUUACUCUUGUAAAUGAUACUAAAUUUUUAAAAAUGUUUCAAAUAGUUUCAUGAAAUUUUUAUGACAACAAAAAGACUGAUUAUUCACUGAAUAUGUGAAGUGAACCAUAAUUGGGAUAUUGCGGGAAUCAUCUUCAUACUUACUGGCCUGUAAAAUAUUUAAAGUGUUAAAAAUCUUCUCGAUAUAUUUGUCGGGUACCAGUGAAAUUGCACAUUAAGUGUACCUCCAGUUAAACUAGAUAUGCUGUACCAUAAAUAGGUCACUGUGACUUUGACAUGAAAGUCCAAGCAGUACAUAAUUAUGAACCAGUCUUCAGAGUAAAACUCACAGGUUGUAUGCACUUUAUAAAUAAGACGUUACAUAGUAUCAACAUGAACCAGAAUAUUUCUACCAAAAUGAGCUAAAUGUAAAAACAAUGUAUGUAGAUAGUUUAUCACUUCUAACAUUUAACAACAGCAAAAAUAUUUUUAAAGUAAUUUAUUUCUGAAUCAUAGUGCUAUUAUUUGUACAUAUAUAUGUAAGUCUGAAAACAAGUUCACAUCACAAAUGAAAAAAAACCUGUCAAAUAUGAAGCUUUCAAUCAUCUGUACAAACACAUCCCACAAUCUUCCACGCAAUAGACAUUCAGAAUCCAUUUUAUCCAUUUUUACAACUAUACAUUGAAACACUAUCACACAAAGCUAAUCAGACAUACUGACUUAAAAUAAGGUUGUAUUCAUACACGAGUGUU